AUGCUCCCCACCCUCUGGUGGAUACGCCAGCGGUCCGGCGGGAUUUGUCCCAGCACCCACCUAUGUGACCCCGGGCCAAUCUGUUCUCAACGCCGUCUACAAUGCCCGAAUGCCAAUCAGAAAACACAACCCAGCUCCAAAAGCGACGAGGACGACGAUGUUUUUGGAGCAGUUGGAGGUGACCUCUACAAGCGGUCUGCGAUCUCGGUGAAAGGAGAAUUUCGGCGUUCCCCUGGAAUGCUCUUCCGCAGUCAUCGGUCGACGGCUUUGCGGCUGAUUGAAAAGGACUGUCCGGCGGGGGAGAUGAAACGAUUGAUGGCCAGGAGCAUGAUCCCCUCCGCCAGCAGAAGCAAACAGCGCAUAAUCUCCGCUUUUCGAAUGGCUAUUGGACAUGAGGUAGGGGUUGUGUGCUCCGAGCACGCCUUCUCCCUCCACCUCACCACUACCCGCUUUUGCCGGCUAACAAUGGAUGGAGUGACAUGUGUUGCAUUCAGGGAUCUACAAAAA